AUGGAGAUUUUUGCAAUUUUAGUUUGCAUCUUCCUUUUUCUCUCAACUCUUGUCAUCUCUUUUCCAUUCAUAAAGAAAAACAAACCCACUUCCAAGCCUAAGCUUCCUCCAGGUUCAAUGGGCUGGCCUUACAUAGGACAAACCCUUCAACUCUAUUCUCAACACCCCAAUAUCUUCUUUGCUUCUAAACAAAAAAGAUAUGGAGAAAUAUUUAAAACACAUAUACUAGGAUGUCCUUGCGUGAUGCUAGCAAGUCCAGAGGCUGCAAGAUUUGUGUUGGUGACUCAUUCUCAUCUGUUCAAACCUACAUACCCCAAAAGCAAAGAAAAGCUUAUUGGUUCUUCUGCAUUGUUCUUCCAUCAAGGAGAUUAUCACACUCGCAUUAGGAAGCUUGUUCAAACCUCGCUUUCUCCUGAAUCAAUCAAGAAACUGAUCCCGGAUAUUGAAACUCAAGUCAUUUCAUCCUUGGAAUCCUGGGUUUCUGUUCGACAUGUCAUUAACGCUUUCUGUGAAAUGAAAAAGUUCUCUUUCAAUAUUGGGAUUCUCUCCGUCUUUGGUAACUUGGAAAACAAUUACAGAGAACAGCUUAAGGAGAAUUACAGCAUUGUAGAGAAAGGCUACAAUUCUUUUCCAACUAGGAUACCUGGUACUGCAUACUCCAAAGCACUUUUGGCAAGGAAGAGAAUUCAUGAGAUUAUAAGUGAGAUAAUUUGCAAGAAAAGGGAGCAGAAAUUGAUUGAGAAGGUUCUAUUAAGUCACUUGCUAAACUACAAAGAUGAGAAAGAAGAAAUGCUAACUGAUGAGGAAAUAGCUGAUAAUGUAAUUGGAGUACUAUUUGCAGCUCAAGAUACUACAGCGAGUGUCUUAACUUGGAUUCUCAAGUACCUUCAUGAUGAUCAGAAACUUCUUGAAGCAGUAAAAGCAGAGCAAAUGUCAAUAUAUGAAGCCAAUGAAAGAGGGAAGAUCCCAUUGAGUUGGAAUCAAACAAGAAAUAUGCCAAUCACUCAUAGGGUAAUAUUGGAAAGUCUAAGGAUGUCGAGUAUAAUCUCAUUUACUUUUAGGGAAGCUGUGGUUGAUGUAGUAUACAAGGGAUAUUUAAUACCAAAGGGUUGGAAAGUAAUGCCACUCUUCAGAAACAUCCACCACAAUCCAGAAUUCUACGUUAAUCCUCAGAGUUUUGACCCAUCAAGAUUUGAGGUUUCUCCAAAGCCAUAUACAUUUAUGCCAUUUGGUAAUGGAGUGCACUCUUGUCCUGGAAAUGAGCUAGCCAAGUUGAAUAUGUUGAUACUAAUUCACCAUCUAGUAACCAAGUUUAGGUGGGAGGUAGAAGGAUAUGAAAGUGGAGUUGAAUAUAGUCCAUUCCCAAUCCCAAUGCAUGGUCUUCCAACAAGAUUUUUGAGAGAUUAA